AAAAAAAGUGAAAAGUCAAAAACAGCAAAAGCUGCACCAAGUUAUUAUCGUUUUGCAGUAUUCAUUUAUUUAACCGAGUUUGCUUAUUACUUGCAUUUAUGCAGUAAAAUUCAUUUGAUGUGACAUUAUAUUGGUUCUACCUAGUACAAAACCCUAGAAAAAUAUUGUUUUGCAGUAGCAAGAUGAUGAAAACACCAAUAACUGUCCUGCAAGAGCUUAUGGUGAAGUUCUCUCAGUCUCCAGAGUAUGAGUGUGUUGCUCAGUCAGGACCGCAGCACUUAGCUGUGUUCGAGUACCGCUGCUCGGCCCGCGGGCACGUGGUGUCGGCCACGGCGCGCAGCAAGAAGGAGGCCAAGCAGGAGGCCGCGCGGCUCAUGCUGGCGCGGCUCGCGGCCGCCGGGCUCAACGUGCCGGCGCCCUACGCCGCGCCCUGCCCGCCCUGCCCGCCCGCCGUCGGCGACGGCGAUGCAGUUGCCGCUGGUAGCGGCUCCAGGAGCUACAAAGCGCUUCUUAAGGAGCUGUGCCAGGAGUACAACCUGCCGGGGCCGGAGUACACGCUGGAGGGCGACACGGGCCCGGCGCACGCGCGGCGCUUCACGGCGCGCGGGGCCGUGGGCGCGCACGCGCGCAUCGCCUCCGCCACCACCAAGAAGGCGGCGCAGCAGCUCGCCGCGCAGCAGCUCUACCAGUACUUGAGGGAGAACCUGGCCAGGCUCACUGAGGACUUUGUCGAGGAGGACGCGCUGGCGCGCGCGCACGAGCGCGCCAUGGAGCGCUACGUGGAGGCGCGCGCCGACGCGCCGCACCGGCCCGACCUGGCGCAGCGCGUCGCCGACUACCACCUCGGUCUGUUGCUCCACCUCGAAGAAGAGCAAGUGAACCUGGGCGCGGACGCGCUGGAGGCCGCGUCGCCGGACGCGGAGCCCGAGACAGCGCUGCAGGCAGUCGCCGGAGCGCUAGGCCUGCGCGUCGAGUGGCACUCUCUUCCUGCCGAGGGAGGCUCGCUGACGCUGGUGCGGCUGGCGCCGUCGUCGCCGCCGCUGGUGUUCUGCGCGCGUACGAGGGAAGCAGCAGCGGCAGAGGCACUCGCUUAUCUGCGCCUUACCAUGAAAUUCAGGGAUCAGAAGUGAACGUACCUGUAUGACGCUUGUUUAAUCUCCAUACAAACGUAUAGUAUAGGUAGUGUCAUGCACGAUGACGCGCAGAUUUGACAAAGCUAGGUUAGCUUUGUCAAAUCUGCGUAAUAGCCUUGUAAGAAAGCAAAGCACGCGUUUUCGUGAAUAAAUCGAUCUAUAGUCGCGAAAGCGAAGUCUGGAGUAGAUUCUAAAUCGAUCCGACACUUCGCGUUCGCGCAUUUGCGCACUGAUUGGCCACUUUCAAAGGACUCGGAGCCGUCAUCAUUUUUAGGGUUCCGUACCCAAAGGGUGAAACGGGACCCUAUUACUAAGACUUCGCUGUCCGUCCGUCCGUCUGUCACCAGGCUGUAUCUCACGAACCGUGAUAGCUAGACGGUUGAAAUU